CGGCGUGGCCAAUGGGCGCUCGGCUUACUCUGGCCUCUCCCCCGCGCGGCCGCCAAUCGCGGCGGGCGGUGGUGGUAAUAUUGUGGAGUUUGGAUGCCGCCGCUGCCGCGGGCUGGAACGGCGCGGCCGCGGGGGCUGCCAGGGUAUUUCGGGAAGGGGGCGUGAGGAGGCGGCGGCGGCAGCGGCGGGUAGGGCUGCUCGGGGAGGCAGCAGAGGGAAGGAGAAAGAAAGGAAGGAAGAGGGCGGGGAGUCCUCAGAGGAGGAGGCGGGACCGGCCGAGCUUCUCACCUCUCGGCGGCGGCGGCGGCGGCGGGCGGCCGGGGAGGCGGUGCCGCCCCCUGCCCGCGGUCUUCUCAGCGCAGUCGGCCGCCGACCCGCUGGUCCCGGGCAGCGGCCAAGGCUACUAGGGCGGGAGCGGUGGGCCGGGCGGCGGCGGCGGCGGAGGCGGCGGCGGAGGCUGGAGUGGGCGCGGAGGCGACCGCCAUGGCGUUCCUCAAACUCCGCGACCAGGCCUGUGAUUGGAAUUGAAACAGUACAACUGCCUCCACCAGAGGAAAAUAGUAUGGGAAUUCCUAUUAUGCCAUCACUGGUGCAAGCUAUAUUUAACGGAGAUCCUGAUGAAGUUCGAGCACUAAUAUUUAAGAAAGAAGAUGUUAACUUUCAGGACAAUGAAAAGCGAACCCCAUUGCACGCUGCAGCUUACCUUGGAGAUGCAGAAAUCAUUGAACUUCUUAUUUUAUCUGGAGCUAGAGUUAAUGCCAAAGACAGCAAAUGGUUGACACCUUUACACAGAGCAGUUGCAUCUUGUAGUGAGGAAGCAGUUCAGGUACUUCUGAAGCAUUCUGCAGAUGUUAAUGCUCGAGACAAAAAUUGGCAAACCCCUUUACAUAUAGCUGCUGCUAAUAAAGCUGUAAAGUGUGCUGAAGCUUUGGUACCUCUUCUGAGUAAUGUAAACGUAUCUGAUCGAGCAGGGAGGACUGCUUUACAUCAUGCAGCUUUCAGUGGACAUGGUGAGAUGGUCAAACUACUCUUGUCUAGAGGUGCCAAUAUUAAUGCUUUUGACAAGAAAGAUAGGCGUGCUAUCCAUUGGGCAGCAUAUAUGGGUCACAUUGAAGUAGUGAAAUUACUUGUGUCGCAUGGAGCUGAAGUGACAUGCAAGGAUAAAAAGUCUUACACACCUCUUCAUGCAGCAGCCUCUAGUGGAAUGAUCAGCGUAGUCAAGUACCUUCUAGAUCUUGGAGUUGAUAUGAAUGAACCAAAUGCCUAUGGAAAUACACCUCUUCAUGUAGCCUGCUAUAAUGGACAAGAUGUUGUAGUGAAUGAACUUAUAGACUGUGGUGCUAUUGUAAAUCAAAAGAAUGAAAAAGGAUUUACUCCUUUGCACUUUGCUGCUGCAUCAACACAUGGAGCAUUGUGUUUAGAGCUUCUAGUUGGCAAUGGGGCUGAUGUCAAUAUGAAGAGUAAAGAUGGGAAAACCCCACUACACAUGACUGCUCUCCACGGUAGAUUCUCCCGAUCACAAACCAUUAUCCAGAGUGGAGCUGUAAUCGACUGUGAGGAUAAGAAUGGAAAUACUCCUCUGCACAUAGCUGCACGGUAUGGCCAUGAGCUGCUGAUCAACACUCUUAUUACAAGUGGUGCUGACACGGCAAAGCGUGGCAUACAUGGAAUGUUCCCCCUCCAUUUGGCAGCCUUAAGCGGCUUUUCAGAUUGCUGCAGAAAACUUCUUUCUUCAGGAUUUGAUAUAGAUACCCCAGAUGAUUUUGGCAGGACUUGUCUACAUGCAGCUGCAGCUGGAGGGAAUUUGGAGUGCCUAAACCUUCUGCUGAAUACUGGUGCAGACUUUAAUAAAAAGGACAAAUUUGGGAGAUCUCCACUGCACUACGCUGCUGCCAACUGCAAUUACCAGUGCCUGUUUGCUCUUGUGGGAUCAGGAGCAAGUGUGAAUGACCUUGAUGAAAGAGGCUGCACACCCCUGCACUAUGCAGCUACAUCAGACACAGAUGGCAAGUGCCUGGAAUACUUACUAAGAAACGAUGCAAAUCCAGGGAUCCGUGAUAAGCAAGGAUACAAUGCAGUUCAUUAUUCAGCUGCUUAUGGUCACCGUCUGUGUCUUCAGCUGAUUGCAAGUGAAACUCCUCUAGAUGUUUUAAUGGAAACCUCAGGAACAGACAUGCUGAGUGAUUCAGAUAAUAGAGCAACAAUAAGCCCUUUACACUUGGCUGCCUACCAUGGUCACCAUCAAGCACUGGAAGUGUUGGUACAGUCUUUGUUAGAUCUUGAUGUCAGAAAUAGUAGUGGAAGAACACCCCUAGAUCUUGCAGCAUUUAAGGGCCAUGUUGAAUGUGUGGAUGUACUCAUUAAUCAGGGAGCCUCAAUCUUAGUAAAAGAUUACAUUUUGAAGAGGACACCUAUACAUGCAGCAGCAACAAAUGGUCAUUCAGAAUGCUUACGGCUAUUAAUAGGAAAUGCAGAGCCACAGAAUGCAGUAGAUAUUCAAGAUGGAAAUGGACAGACGCCUCUGAUGCUAUCUGUUCUCAACGGGCACACAGACUGUGUUUACUCACUGCUGAACAAAGGAGCAAAUGUAGAUGCCAAAGAUAAGUGGGGAAGGACAGCGUUGCAUAGAGGGGCAGUUACAGGCCAUGAAGAAUGUGUAGAUGCAUUACUUCAACAUGGUGCUAAGUGCUUACUUCGGGAUAGCAGGGGCCGGACGCCUAUACACCUGUCUGCUGCCUGUGGACACAUUGGUGUUCUCGGAGCCCUUUUGCAGUCAGCAGCAUCUAUGGAUGCAAAUCCAGCCAUAGCAGACAAUCAUGGAUAUACGGCACUUCACUGGGCUUGCUACAAUGGUCACGAGACAUGUGUAGAACUGCUUUUAGAACAGGAAGUUUUCCAGAAAACGGAAGGAAAUGCUUUUAGUCCAUUGCAUUGUGCUGUGAUAAAUGACAACGAAGGUGCUGCUGAGAUGUUAAUUGAUACAUUAGGUGCCAGCAUUGUGAACGCCACAGAUUCAAAAGGAAGAACUCCUCUGCAUGCAGCUGCCUUCACAGACCAUGUAGAGUGUUUACAGCUGCUGCUGAGCCAUAAUGCUCAAGUCAAUUCUGUGGACUCUACAGGGAAAACACCUCUUAUGAUGGCUGCAGAAAAUGGACAAACAAAUACAGUUGAGAUGCUGGUUAGCAGUGCUAGUGCAGAACUGACUUUACAAGAUAACAGUAAAAAUACUGCCCUCCAUUUGGCUUGUAGCAAGGGUCAUGAAACUAGUGCCUUGUUAAUACUGGAAAAGAUAACAGAUAGAAACCUCAUCAAUGCAACCAACGCAGCCUUGCAAACACCUCUGCAUGUUGCUGCCCGAAAUGGGCUAACAAUGGUGGUUCAGGAACUUUUGGGAAAAGGAGCAAGUGUGCUUGCAGUAGAUGAAAAUGGCUAUACCCCAGCUUUGGCCUGUGCUCCCAAUAAGGAUGUGGCUGAUUGCCUGGCUCUCAUUUUGGCCACCAUGAUGCCUGUCUCAUCAAGUAGUCCUUUAUCAUCCUUGACAUUCAAUGCCAUUAACCGUUAUACCAACACCUCAAAAACAGUCAGCUUUGAAGCUUUGCCCAUCAUGAGGAAUGAACCUAGCUCCUAUUGCAGUUUCAAUAACAUUGGCGGGGAACAGGAGUACUUAUACACUGACGUGGAUGAGCUCAACGACUCCGAUUCUGAGACCUACUGAGAGGCUGAGGAGGAGGGAGUUCUCACAGUAAAGCUUCAAACUGUGCUUUUUCAGGAAAAAGGCACUUUGAUAUUCACGUAGAAAUUCAACCUAAGAGGAAAGAUCGCACAGUGAGCCAAUGUUAAGAGAUGUGAUGACAUUAGGAGGAAGAGUUUUAAAGGCAAGUUUUACAAAAGGAACUUCUAGAAUCUUGAAAUAGACUUGACUGAGGAAAACACGUUGAUGUCAGAGUUCUUUGUGGAAUUGUUUAAUUUGGUUUUGCAGUGCCAGGAAUAAUUGGGGACACUGUGCACUCUAACCUGCUUACACAAGCAACACUAUUGUAACAGAAGAAAUAAAGACACUAGAUUUAAAUUUUAUCAAUAAAAUUACAACUAAAUUUAAAGGCAAUAAAAGUUUGGUACAGUAGGCAUUAUGUGCACAGCAAAUUGCAAAAGGACCAAAUAACUGAAAGUUUUUUCUAAUAAAAUGCCAUUUUGUGGAAACUGGAGUAGAUGAAAUGAAACAUUACCUAAACCAAACUGCAAUAUUUCUGGAAAUGAAGCUGAGAUUUGGUUUUAAAUGUUGAGUUGUUUUUUUUUUUUUAAAGAAAAUAUCUGAAAGCCUUCCAAUGCUGUAUUAAACCAUGAGAGAAAGCAGAUGUAUUUUUACAUUUUUUUCUUUUACAUAAAUAUUUCAAAUUUCCAAUUUUUAUACUAUUAGAAUUAAAAACCAGCUGACUGGGUGCAAUACGGGUGAAAAUACUUGUGACAUAGACAUUGAGAUGGAUUGGGGUCAGGCUGUUGCCCUGUUUUGAAUGGUUUGGGUUUAAAAUAGUACUAUUUUUGUUUAAAAAUGUAAAGAAUUUCCUAAAAAAAAAAAUUCAUGAAAUCGAAAAGUAGAUUAUUUCACCCUAUUGCAGCUAAGUGGUUCUGGGGCAUGGAGUCUUCAACCUCUCUACUUUGAAUGGCACACCUUAGUCGCUUAGGUUACUUUUGUGUCCCCACCUUGGGUUGGGGGAUUUUUUAUGUUUAUUCUGAUCUAUGAGUUUUGAAAAAGUGAAUAAUCAAAAGGAAAAUACUUCCUUGUUGUUCAUAAAUUAAACAUCACUAAGUCUCUUGGAAGGCAUUUCUGUAUUGGGCAAGAUUUAAAAUACUAAAGCCUUAGGUCCUAUUCAUAUUUAAAGUAGCAUGUUUGUAACCUGUUACUAUUUGGAGAGAGAAGCAGUUGCCUGCCAAAUUGAAGACUACUUUCAAAUAGCAAAAGAGAGAGAGAAGGCUGGUAUUUCAGCUUUAAAUAAAUAUUUGUGUGGUUCUGCUUUUACUGUAACUGUCACUUUCCCAGUGAAAAUGAUUUCAUAAACAUUGAGGGUCUUACAGGUAUGGGUAAAGUUCUAUAAAUUGCAACAAAAUGAUACCCAAUUUCAUUUUAUCCUUUUUGUAUUGUGAAACUGGAAACUUUAUGACAUUGUAAAUUAUCAGCUGGUUUUUCUGAAUAUAAAGUGUGAAAACACAGAACAGUAUUUUGAUCUAUUUGAUAAUUUUGUGGGUUUUUUGAAGAAUUAAUGAGCAUGUACAUAGAAAUAGUGACUGCUUGAAUACUGUAUUUACUUGCACUCUUUCAGUACAUCAAGAUUCCUGUAUAUUUUAGAGUAUAAUAAAACACAGAUGUGAGUUGUAUUUAAUGAAUAAUGUAUUUGUAUCUGUGCAUAUUAUCUACAAAUCUAUAAAGUUUCUAGGGCAUUGACUACUAGAUUUUAAGCAUUUUUUCUAAAAUAUUUACAGAAAUUAUAAGUCUAAUCCCCCAUCUUUUCUUUAUAAUAUAAAGAAGUCAUAAUGAACCCUUCCUAAUUAUUAGUAGUAGGAAGGUGAAUAUGCAUUUUAAUGGCAGUGGACUACAUUUUCUAUUGUACCUUUUGAAAAAAAAAAGAAAAAAGAAAAUUCAAGCAGAUUCUAAAAGUAUACAUAUGUGUGCUUUCUCUUUCCUUUUAGGAAUUCUCUUCUGAAUUCCCUGAGGGAAUUUUCUAGAAUCUCAGAAUUGAAAGAGACCUGAGGUUCAUCCACUCUCUAACCUCUUAACAAAUGCAGGAGUCCCUUCUACAAGGGUGAUCUUUCCACCUUGAACACUUCCAAGUGACUCUACCUCACCAAGCAGUCCAUUCAGUUGUUGAGCAGCUCUAACUGUUAGAAAGGUCUUCCUUAGAUGGAGUUGAAGCCUCCCUCCCGGUAACUUCUGUCUUUGGGCCCGGGUCUGUCCUCCAAGAGAACCCUGAAAAUGUUGGAAGGAUGAAUCUCGCACAUUCUGCCAUGUCUUCUCUUUUACAGGCCGUUUGACUUCUCUGCUGAAGUGAUUUCCAGAAGGACUCAUUUGACACACUAUUAGAUUUACCACAUCUAAUGAAAUCCAAGGUGUGGCUAUAAAGUGACAAGCUGUUUUUAAUUUAUCACAUAUACCAGAACUUCUAUCGUGCAUCACUUAUAUGUAAAUGAUGCUGUUACCAAAAUCAUUAAGGUAGUUCUUGUGAAUGCCACCCCACUAAGAAAACUAUUUCAUUACUUUUGUAAUCCAUCUGUGAGAGUCUGCCCCCCAGCUUAACCACUUCCUUUGGUCUGCACCCAAUGAAAGGAAACCCCAAAGUACUGUCUCAAAUGGUAUUUGAACUACACCAGUAUUGUUGGAAUAAGUACAUGAACUACUUGAAUGAAUGAACACAGUGCCGUAGAAAUUUCCUUUAUGGUUACACCUUGUAUAUCUAAAGCAUUCAGGCCCUGUUCUGUAGUGUUUCUUAUCCUCACACAGAGUAGAAAAGCCUGUUUGCUUUCUUUAACUUAUGCAUAAAAGAUGACACCUGAAAUAUCUGAUGUGUAUUAUAAUACCAGCUUCUGCUCUAGAACUACUUUGGGUGAAAUGGUGGUAAUAGCAAAUGACCUCCUUUAACAAGACACUCAUCUCAAACAGUGCCAUUUAGUUCAGGAGAUCUUGAAGUGUAGCUGUAAAUUUUGGGGUUAAUUUGGCUUAUAUUGGACCUUUUAAAAGAAAUAAAGUUUUUUAAUGCAAUAAA